AUGAAGGUUACAUCUGCGUUUGCUGCUAUCUCGGCAGCUGUUGCUAGUGUAAUUGUCGACGCUGGUCACAGUUCUCGAAAUCUUAUUCUCGGGGGUGAUGUCGUUCCAAUUGGCACGAAGCGGUACACCGCUAUGAUUUUCGAUCCCAAUGAAGAGCUUAUCUGCUCUGGUGUUCUUGUCUCCUCCUUACACUUGCUAACCACGGCAUGGUGUGCGGGCUCUGACCGAAACGAUAGAAUUCCUACUAAUGUAACGCUGGAAUUUUCUACGAAGAUUUUCUCACACGACCUUGCGCUUUUGACUCUCGAUAGUCCGAGUGCUAUAACACCCAUCAAGCUUCCUAAAAAUGACGAUUCGGACAUUACCUAUGGCUUGGUGACAAAAGCCGUGGGUUGGGGAGAAACCUCCUUUCCCGACGGAGAGUUAUCCGACGAGCUACGAGGUGUUAACGUUUCUGUGUGGACAAACGAUGAGUGCAUUCGCAUUUUUCUAGAUCUUGACAAUUCGUACGUGUGUGCCGGCGGUACUCCCGGCAAAGGAGUUUGCCAUCAUGAUUAUGGGUCUCCACUUAUUAAAGAGAGUGAAUUGGGAGAAUCAGAAGACAUUGUCGUUGGUCUGCACUCGCUCAGCGUCCAAUGCGGAGUUGCUGGGCAGCCUUCACUUCAUGCUCGCGUGUCAGCUGGUGUAGACUGGAUUCGUAAGGAAAUCGGCGUUUGA